AUGAAUACUACUAUUUCAAAAAUUAAAGAUAAUAAAAUUAUAAAUAGAAGACCUCAUAGAAAUAUAUUUAGAAAACUUGACCUCAUAAAUAAUAAUGACACGGAAAUGGAUGAUGAUACUAUAAUAACAAAUAUUGCUAUUAUUGAAGAAAUUUUACAAAGAACAAAAAAGGAAAGCAAUAAUAAUUUUGAGGCUUCCAGUACAACUUUCAACACUGACAAAUUAAACAACUUUCAAAACAACAAUAUACAAACAAUAAAUAAAACAAAUAUACCAAAAUUUUUUAUUGGAGAUGAAUAUGAUUAUCAAAAUUCAGAUUCUUAA